GGGGGCACUGUAACAGUCGCUUCAUUUUACGUAGCAGAUUUAAACAUUUUCUGAUUGGUCUGUAAUCCUAUUCACAGACUAAAAUGAAGCCGUAAGAAAAUCGAUGUAUCUAUGUAUGCAUACAACGUAUGAGAGCUUUGAAAUAAAUAAAUCGUUUAAACGGAUGUAUAGUAUUUUAGCUUCCCGCACCCAUCAAAUGUUUUAAAUGAAAAGUCUUGUUUUUUAAGCGAAGUCUUCGCAUAUACUGGCCAAUCAACAACAGCAGUUCAACGGUUGCUAGGCAGAUUAUGUUAAUACAGGCAAAGCCACCAUCUCUGCAGCUACCAUUCUGAGGUGAGAACAGGUUGGAUAUUAUCAUCUAAAUUAAAAAAUGUGAAGCCAGGAAAGAAGAGAUGGAUGUACAGGCAGACCACAGACUCUCCAAGCCAUGUUCGUGAUUUUAGUCACAGUCUGCACAAGUAGAACCAUUUUGAACAGAUCAAAUAGCAACUUUGUUACUAAAUGGGAGCAUUAAACUAAGCAAUGAUGGACACCAAGGAAGGAAGUCCACAUGUGUGGCCUACUUCUGUGGAGCACCAGUCAAAUACUGCUCAGGUACAUUUUGUUCCUGAUGGCGGAUCUGUGGCUCAGAUCGUGUACAGUGAUGAUCAAGAUCGUGCUCAGCAGCAGGUGGUCUACACAGCAGAUGCCUCAUCGUUUACAUCUGUGGAUGCAUCUGAACAUACGCUGGUGUAUAUCCACCCAGUGGAUGGAUCGCAGACUCUCUUUACAGACCAGCCUCAGGUUGCCUAUGUACAGCAGGAUGCUACCACACAGCAGGUGACUGUUCUUUUGCCUGCUGCACAAAGCAUGAAUGCUGCCAACCUUGCUGUUUUAAGUGGUGUCUCGGAAUCUGCACAGACAAUGUCACUGGAUCCAGUGUCCCAGAUAAAUAGAGCAUCAUUGACGGUGCAUGAUCAUAGAUUACCUCCUAUGGAGGGUGCAGACAGCUCAACAACUAUCAAUUCACUUCCAAGCCCUAAUGCUCAUUCCGAUGGAAAAGAAGAUGAUGAUGAUGACGAUGACGAUGAUGAUGAUGAGGAAGAGGAGGAUGAUGAUGGGGAAGAUUCUGAUCUAGAUGAUUGGGAAGCAGAACCUCCACGUCCUUUUGAUCCAAAUGAUCUGUGGUGUGAAGAAUGCAAUAAUGCUCAUCCAUCGGUGUGCCCCAAACAUGGUGCCCUUCAUCCAAUCCCCAACCGCCCAGUCCUCACUAGGGCACGAGCCAGUCUGCCUUUAGUACUUUAUAUUGAUCGGUUCUUAGGAGGAGUCUACUCAAAGCGCCGUAUACCAAAACGAACCCAGUUUGGUCCUUUGGAAGGGCCUCUGGUGAAAAAGACAGAGCUGAAAGAUAGUUACAUCCAUCUAAAGGUAGCACUGAACAGCCCUGUUGACUCAGAGGGGGCAUUUCAGGAGGAUCUUUGGUUUGAGCUAUCCGAAGAAAGCCUAUGUAACUGGAUGAUGUUUGUACGGCCAGCACAAAAUCACUUAGAACAGAAUUUAGUAGCAUAUCAAUAUGGUCAGCACAUAUAUUUUACCACAAUAAAGAACAUUGAACCCAAGCAGGAGCUAAAGGUGUGGUAUGCGGCCUCUUAUGCUGAAUUUGUGAAUGAAAAGAUCCAUGAUAUAACACAGGAAGAAAGGAAGGUUCUUCGGGAACAAGAGAAGAAUUGGCCAUGCUAUGAGUGCAAUCGUCGUUUCAUGAGUUCUGAACAGCUCCAGCAGCACCUUAACUCUCAUGAUGAGAAACUGGACUUCAUUAGCAGAACAAAACCACGUGGUCGUACAAGGACAAGAAGGAAAUUUGGCCCUGGCAGGAGACCGGGGAGGCCUCCAAAAUUUCUAAGAUUUGAUAUCUCCAGUGAGAAUCGGGAGAAGAUUGACCUAGGGACUCAGGACCUACUGCAGUUCCACAAUAAAGGUCCACAUUUUGAGGACUGUGGACAUUCAACUUUAAAUGGAUUAGAGCAAUCGGAACUCACACUUGGCACAUCCACACAAGGGACACCAAAUCAGCAGCAAGCCACCCAACUUUUGCCUCCAAAUGAAAUAAGCACACCAGUGGCAACAACAAGCAUUUUAACAGCAGAAGACAUGCGGCGUGCUAAGAGAAUCCGUUUGGAGUUGCAGAAUGCUGCCUUGCAGCACCUCUUCAUCCGCAAGUCAUUUCGACCUUUCAAAUGUCUACAGUGUGGAAAGGCUUUCCGAGAGAAGGAGAAACUGGAUCAGCAUUUGCGAUUCCAUGGAAGAGAUGGCAACUAUCCUUUGACAUGUGACAUUUGUAAUAAGGGCUUCAUAAGCACUAGUUCCCUAGAGAAUCACAUGAAGUUUCACUUGGACCAGAAGACUUAUUCUUGUAUCUUCUGCCCAGAAUCUUUUGACAGAUUGGACUUACUAAAGGACCAUGUUGUUGUCCAUAUUAUUGAUGGAUGCUUUAGCUGCCCCACCUGCAAAAAACGGUUUACUGAUUUUAUUCAGGUAAAGAAACAUGUGCGCAGCUUCCAUUCUGAAAAGAUUUACCAGUGUACAGAGUGUGACAAAGCUUUCUGUCGGCCAGAUAAGCUGCGUCUGCACAUGCUCAGACAUUCAGACCGCAAAGACUUUCUCUGCUCCACCUGUGGAAAACAGUUUAAGAGAAAGGACAAGCUGAGAGAACAUAUGCAGCGCAUGCACAACCCUGAGAGAGAAGCAAAAAAAGCUGAUCGCACAGGCAGAGCCAAAGCCUUUAAGCCACGUCUUGCAUCAACAGAUUAUGAGAGCUUCAUGUUUAAAUGCCGUGUGUGUAUGAUGGGAUUCCGUAGGCGAGGCAUGCUGGUUAAUCAUUUGUCUAAACGACAUCCUGAAAUGAAGAUUGAUGAGGUUCCUGAGCUCACUUUACCAAUUAUAAAGCCUAACCGUGAUUAUUACUGCCAGUACUGUGAAAAGGUUUACAAGAGUGCGAGCAAGCGCAAAGCCCACAUCUUGAAAAACCAUCCAGGAGCCGAGCUCCCUCCCAGCAUAAGAAAGCUUCGUCCAGCUGGUCCUGGGGAACCAGACCCAAUGUUAAGCACACACACACAGCUUACAGGAACUAUAGCAACUCCUCCAGUCUGCUGUCCACACUGCUCCAAGCAAUAUAGCAGUAAGACAAAGAUGGUCCAGCAUAUACGGAAAAAACAUCCAGAGUUUUCUCUUCUGCCAAUCUCAGUGCAGGCCCCUGUGCUCGGUACUGCACCUGCUGUGCUUACUGCUGAUGGAACAAGCGGGGAGACUGUGGUGACUACAGAUCUUCUGACACAAGCUAUGACUGAAUUAUCACAAACACUGACUACAGAAUACCGCACCCCGCAGGGUGAUUUCCAGCGUAUUCAAUAUAUUCCUGUAUCACAAACUACCGGUGGCAUGCAGCAACCUCAGCAUAUACAGCUGCAAGUUGUGCAAGUAGCCCAGGCACAGUCGCCUAAUCAAUCACAGCAUUCCACUGUAGACAUGGGACAGUUACACGAGUCUCAAGGAUAUAUGCAGCAUGCAAUCCAAGUGCAACACAUUCAGGUGGCAGAGCCAACAUCAGGCACCCAGUCAACACCUCAGGUAGGAGGUCAGGCUCUGAGCCCUUCAUCACAGGAAGCAGAGGAAGUAAACCCAUCCCAGCUCCAGACUCCAGCUUCUCAGGCCCAAGCUAAUUCAGCUGUGCAGCAUGCAUACCUACCCAGUGGCUGGAAUUCGUUCCGUGGCUACCCCUCUGAAAUUCAGAUGAUGGCAUUACCUCAAGGGCAGUAUGUGAUUGCAGAGGCUGCAGUAGGCACACCUGUUACCCCUGUCAGUAGUGGACAAGUUAAAGCAGUCACUCAGACUCAUUAUGUGAUAUCUGAAGGACAAGGAGUCUUAGAUAUGAAGAAGAGUAGUUCUCUUGCAGAGGAGGCAACUCCAAACCCUGACCAUAUGGAACAGCCAGCCAGCAAUUCAUCUCAAACAACACAAUACAUAAUCACCACAACUACCAACAUGAAUGGUAGCAGUGAGGUACACAUCAGCAAACCCUGAAAAAUAUGAGAGUGCGGAAAACCAGAUGAACAGACAAGGAGCCAAAAGGAAAAAAACAUUAAUUUUUCUUAAUACAAAACUUUUGAAUCGUGAGCACACAGGGUGUCUGUCUUCAUCUGUCCCUGGAAAAGUAUUUAAAGAUGUAAAGCUUUUGAACUGUUAACCUUGGGACAAUGCAAUAUACCUGCAGAAGGCAGAGAACAAAAAACAAUGGGACAGUGACACAUCUAAACAUGAACAUAUGCUUAUUUGUUGCUGCUUUGAAAGUCUUCAGUUUGUAGUUACAUGCAACACUGUAUGGCCAGCACGAAGCUUUGCAUUAAGAUCUUAAUAUCCCUUUAACUGGGAAUGAUGUCAAGUUUCUGGACUUACCCUACCAGCAAUUUCUAAUGUUGUAGGAAAUAACACUGUAAAAAGGAUAUGAAGCAUAAAAGCACCUUGAAUUUAUUCUCUCAAAUUGUUUAACUGUAAUGUGUGUUGGUCAUCCAACACAUAUUUAAAAGCCACUUUCUAAAAGAAGGGACAUAACUUUACUAUGAGUAAGGUCGAUCCAUAUUAUCUCUUAAAGAGAAAAGAAUAGAUCUAAACUUGUCAGUGGCGGAAAGAAUAAUUCUGCUCUUCAAAAAAAUUCCAAGUUAUUUAACCAUAUUUGUUCCUCAUUUGAAACUAAAUCUGUAAGAUGUAAAGUGAAGAUAUUUUUUUUAAUACUGUGAAAUAGUAAUCAAAAGUUAAUGUUGUAUUGGAAAAAGAAAUGUUAAGUAAUAUUGUUAUGGCUUUUUAGGGUGGUGGCCCAGGGGAAUAUUAGUCUCCCGCAGUUAAAACUACUGCAGGCAACUAAUCUCCCAAAAAUGCCUUCCCAGCAGCAAUAAAGUGAAUCGCCGGUGGGAAGGCAUACAUGUCAUUUCAUGUUCCAAAGUCGAUUAAAGUUUCUUUCUGUAGAACUCCAGAAAACAAAGCAACCUCUAUGCCUUUCCACCGGCAAUUCACUUUAAUGCAUUUCGGGGAGAUUAGUCGCCUGAGGUAUCCGAGAUUAACUGCGUGCAACCUGUGGACCAUCACCUUUAAGGGGCAUACAGCUUGUCAAUUCAUUUCCAGCAGUCUUAAUAUUUGAGAGAAAAUGGAAAAUUUCUUAUAUCCAUAGUGCUUGCCAGAAAGUAAAACCGACCCUUACAAAACUGUUAGAUCCAUUAGAACUAAAGGUAGUACCUAUGAUUUAGCCAAAGUUAAUGACAGUUGCAGGAAGUGUGAUUGAAAUUUGUUCAGAGAGAAAUUCUUAACAUUAUAUUGAUAUAUCUACUGUCUUCCUAUUCUUUGAUAUUACAAUAUUGCCUUUGGCCCUUUUUACAGUUUGAGUACCAGAGCUAUAAAUUUUAAUGUCAUGCUAGGCAAAAGGGUGAAACAAAGUUCUAAUAAUGCUCUGUUCACCGUGGCAUGCAGUAGGAAGCUACAGUAUGAGCAUGGGGUCUAUAAAAAGACUGUUGGUAUGGUUCUAGGAGGGAGCAAGUCAUACUGACAUGAUUUCUUUAUUAGCAAGAAAAAUGCCAGCAUUGUUUUAAAUCCAUUGGACAUAUGCUGACGUUUUCCCUGUUGCCUAAAUUAAGUGUUAAUGAUGGUUAUGAAGCAUGACUGGAUCUCACAGUACUUCAUCCCAUGUAUAUAACAGUCUUUUGGUUUUGUUACUUUCAAAUAUAACAAAAUGUUUGUUUCUUCAUAUUGAACAGUGGAUUAAGACCAUUUUGUUAAUUGUGAGCAAAGAUACCAAUUUCUAUGCUAUUGAUUUCUAGUCUGUCACAUAUCUGCAUUUUUAAGCAAAGGCCUCCUUUCUUAAUGGACUGCAUGUUGAUUUAUAUUUCUGCUUUCCUUUAUUGUCUUUUGUUUACCUGUAGCCCAGUAUUUUCAGCAUAACAUAUUUGUUUCCAUAGAAACUAUAAAUAGGUGACACUUAAUUGUAAAGCAUUCAAAAAGCAAAAGAAGUGAUUCUACCUGAAGCAUGGAAAACUGUCAUAAAGUAAGAAAAAAAUGCACCAAGAUGAUAAAAUGAACCAUUGUGACCAAGCAGCACACACCUGUCCCUUAUGGAAAAAUUAAGGGUGAUGCGAUAACCACUUAAAUUCCAUUUUUUCUAGUCAAACAUAAAACAGUAAAUACAGUAUUUGCUGCCAAAGUGCACUUGUUGUUUUAAGAACAAAUGCUUAGAAUAACUAGUAGGGUUUUUGUGUAGGUGUCAUGAGCUGGACUGAAGUCCAGAAUUUUACAUUCUGAAGGUAUUUUAUUUAUAAUCCUUCUCAAGUUUUAUAGUGUAAAUAUGUACAUAGCUUUUGCCAUUAACAGAAGUUUUUAUUUUGUUGAAAGAACUAUUUUAUUCCUAAUUGUAUCUAGGUCUUGAAACCUUUUGUAUUUAUUAUAUGUAUUUCUUUAGAGUCGUGAUCUGCCAAAGCAGCAUCUAACUUCCACCUCCAACUCUAUAAAUUCAUUUAUUCCUUAAAUUCUCUACCCCCAUAAUCCCUAAUUCCCUACAUGAACAGUUAUUAUUAUUAUUAUUGGUUGGUUCUCAGUUAGGGACACACAAAGAUGUAAAUGUUCACCAAGUUUCUAUUGUGAUCUCUGUUUCUUUUUUUAGUUGAUAGACAUAUCAUUUAAGUUUUACUCCUGUGUGGAAGUGGAAUGUUUCUUGUGUGGUGAUAGUCAGUAGAUCUACUGGAACAAUAUAACAAAAUGAAAAACCUGUUUACACAAGCUGCAAUUGUGGCAACUGUUUCCUGUUAAUACUAGCUAAUGGUGCUGGAAUAUAUAUGUGUGUCUGAUUUCAGGAUAAGUGAUAUAAUGAUUGUUGGAAACCGUAUUUCAAUUAAGACAGUAUGUCAUAUACAUUUGCAAUGGCAAGAACUGCUCCAGCAAUGUGAGAUUACUUUAACAAAAACACUGCAGAAAUGGUCAACUAAAAAAGACAAUUUUUAUGGUGUCCAGGGUUCUCAUAGCUAUACAAAAGAAACCAAAUAUUUUAAGCAAUUAGCUUUCUCACUUAGUUUCAUGACAUCCUAUAUACACUGAUAAGUGGAUUUAAUUACAAUCAGAAUAAGUGAUCUGGAGUAGGACUGGAGCAGAAUGAUUGCACUGCUUAGUAUGGACUUGCCUCCACUGACUUGUAUUGAAAUUAAAUGACAUAUCUGAUAUCUGAUUCCAUCCAUGACACCAAUUGUAGAAUGCUGAAUGUAAGUGUGCAUUUGCUCAACUAUAAUUGAAUCAAAAUCACCAGCGUGCAUGUGCACUCAGAAAACUGUAGCAGAAGAAAGGUAGAUGUGAUAGUUGCAACUAAAUUUGCAUGUUAAAAUUAUUCCAUAGGGUAAAAUGACCCAAGCUGCAUGAUUCAUUUUAUGUGAUUAAAUG